GUAAUUUUUAUCCCCCCAGAUUGAUCAUAAUCUCUUGUUUAUUUCUUUAUGUCAUUCAUGUACGGUUUAAAAUGAACAUGUCACAUGCUUGUAUUAGCAAAAGGUUUAGAAUGAAAACGAGUAGUUACAAGAGAAAUCUCUUGUAAAAGCCAUUCAAAAGUGAUGUAUUAUCUAGUGACGCAGCACUGCUGAGCCAAUGUACAUCAUUGUGCCUUAAUAGAAUGUUAUGUUUUAUUAUUUUCUUAAAAGUGUAAAAAGAAAAAAUAAUAAAGCUCCUCUCCUCGGUUUCUUUAGACAGAUUUGUUCCGUUAGAUUUUUUUUUUCUUCUGUCUAACAACAGUACAGACAGCAGUACAGUAGCAGCAUUAGUCACAUGUCACAAUUGCAACCACAUAACAAACACUGGCAGGGUCAAAGUCUGUUUCCUAAAAAGAGACCAGAGCGCUUUUUUUUUUUUUUUUUUUUAAGACCGAGCAGAAACAGUUCUCUCUUUUCACCCCCAAAUUAAAUCUACUGCCCUUUUAAUCUCAGGAUAAAAGAGAAAAAGGGGGAGAAAAAAAAGGGGGGCCUGAUUGUGACUCUGAGGCAGGAAGAAAAGCUGAUUGGUUGUGGGAAAAGUGUCGGCACUCAGCCAAUUAGUCUGAUUAGCAGGAGGUUACUUCACGGAGGGAACAGGCACAGAUUCUCAGUUGACUCACAAAGUGGUGAAGGGUCACAGGCAUCAAGUUUUGAGUUACGUUUUGUUUUCACAGCCGUCACUAGACACGUUACUAUGGUGCUGUUUGAUGGGAAGAGAUGUUUCUCAGGCAGUGAAGCAGAUUUCAGUUCCUCCAGCAGCACAGGCAGCCUGAAGACCAAGGAGAUCCUCGCAUCGAAUUCGGUUGGGAAGAAAGUUUCUUCGCGCUGCCGUGGCCCUCACAUCAGAACGCUCCCGGUUUUCAAACCAGCCGGGGUUCCGUCUUUGAAGCACGACUCCGAACUUUACGCCCCCUACAGGACUCCCCCCAGAGCUGCAUCUUCGACUCUCGGCAGCAGCUGCAACUCCAGUCCCUCUUCUAGGAGAGUGAGCUUGGGCCGCUACCGCUCCUGCGAAGACAACCACGGCGUCAGGCCCCCGAACCCCGAGCAGUACCUGACCCCGCUGCAGCAGAAGGAAGUGGCCAUCAGACACCUGAAGACCAAGCUGAUGGAGUCGGAGAACAAAGUCCACGACAGAGAGAAUGAGAUCCAAGAGUUCAAGUCCCAGCUUUGCAGAAUGAGGGAAGACUGGAUUGAAGAAGAAUGCCACAGAGUGGAGGCUCAGCUGUCCCUCAAAGAGGCCCGCAAAGAGAUCAGGCAGCUGCGUCAGGUGGUGGAAACCAUGAAGAACAGCCUGAUGGAGAAAGACAAGGGAAUACAGAAGUACUUCAUAGAUAUCAACAUCCAAAACAGGAAGCUGGAGUCCCUGCUGCACAGCAUGGAGCUCGCCCAAAGUGGCUCCGCCCUCCAAGAUGAAGGUGCCUUGGACUUCAUGUGCGACGGUCCUGAAGGGGGUGGUAAGAAGCUGAUGGGUGAGGAGGACGGAGGGCUGGAGAUGGGGAAUCCGGGAGCGGAGGCGAUGGCAGACAGUGGGCUGCUGGUGAACGAUGAGAUGGCCAACAGAGAGGACAUCUUUGAGCAGGUCUUCAUGUCUACUGCAGCGGAUUUCAGCCAGGACUCCAGUUGCAGCCAAGGGCUCCCGGUGGAGACGGACGCCGGGCAGCCUGCGCCGUCAGAAGACAGAUGGUUAGCGAACAAAUCUUCUCCAGCAUCUCCGCCAAAUGCACUUUCGUCCACAGUCACCAUCUCUUCAAAUGCACCUUGCCACCAAAACACAGAUGACAAAGAAGUUCAGACCGACUUUCCGUCCAUAUCGGCAGACCUGCAGGCUCUACUACUUCAGCUGCUGAAGCUCCACGGAUCAUCACUAGGGGACGCAGCUCCUCCCAGCGGACUCCUGGAACUCCCAAAGCUACCCGCAUCCACGGUGGAUCAAUCCAGCACGUCUGCUGAUUCCGGUUGUUCAGACAACACGAAGAGCAGCCAGUUCAUGGAGGAGCUGGACUUCACCGCCCAGGAAGAGAAACCUUUCGAAUCAACGAGACAAGAGCUGGUGGACAAGUGUUACUGGAGCAACAACUUCCUGGUUGAUCUGGUGGCAGUGGCAGCCCCCGUGCUGCCCACUGUGGCCUGGCUGUACUCGAGGCACGGUGUGGAUGGAAACGCACCGGUCUACAACAUUGGGGCCCUGAUAAGGGGCUGUUGCAUCAUGGGAUUGCACUCGCUUCGCCGCGUCGCCCGUAGACCAGACGCGUAAUCGCUUUAAACAUGCAUGCUCACGCCUAACUUUGAACUAGAAGCACUUUGCAAGGAGUAUCAUGGAAAAGUUUUUUUUGUUGUUCAACACUCGAUGAGAUUAUUGCAGCUGCUUUGGUUUCAGCACUGGUAUUUUUUUCAUUGUACAGUUACCAUAAAUGGAAGCUUGGUGGUGACCAAACAGUAUUUAUUCUUUAUUUAUAUAUUUAUUUAUAUUUAAUAAGCAUAUCAUCUGAGUAGAUGGUUAUGUCCUGUGAUAUAUUUUAGUUUAGUUUUUUUUUAUUUAAGACCUCCGGGAAAUGGAAGUCGAUGCUAAUUUGUAAUGUCUUGUGUUGCCGUUCAUAAAGAAACCUUCAGCCAAAGCUUUAAUGCGAAUUCACUGUUUUUUUUUUUUGUGAAGUCCCCUCACUUGAUCCUUUCCUUUGGAGUGGAGCUUUACUCUGUACAGCUUGUGUAUUGUUCAUACAAGGCUUGUUCUGUGCCUGAGCAAUGUUCAACAUUGUCGGUCUACAUCAAAUGUCACUGUAACUUUAUUAAUAAAGCAUGAUAACUCUGAGCA